AUGAAAGUCCCUCCCAAUAAACCUCAUUUUUUCAAACCGAUUCUACCAGGAUUCAAAAAUGGACUUAAAAUUCCUAUAGGUUUCUUGAAGUAUUUAAAGAGACAUGAUCAAUAUGAACAUGCAAUAUUGAGAAGGAAGGGUAAAAAAUGGUUAGUGAAAGUGAAUGAUCGACGAUUAGAAAAGGGUAAUUGGAAAGAGUUUGUAGAGGAACAUGAUUUGCAAUUAGGAGAUUUGUUGAUUUUCAAAUAUGAAGGAGAUAUGGAAUUUGAAGUUUCCAUCUUUGAUUCAAGUCAUUGUGAUAGAGAAUACGUAGAGUAUCUUUACGAGGAUGAGGAUGAGGACGAGGAAGAGGAAGAGGAAGGGACUACUCAUGAUGACAAGUCUUUUGGUCAACCUCAUUUUGAAUGCAUUGUGAGACCAUAUUGCCUUUUGAAAGGUUUUAUGUUUUUGCCUCAACAAUUUGCAAUUGCAAAUGGUCUCACCAACAAGAAGUGCACGUUGAUUGUAAGAGAUGAAAGACAAAAGUCGUGGAAUAUAAAGCUAUGUUCCUAUGGUAAUCGAGCCUAUAUUGGAAAUGGAUGGCGUAAAUUUGCUGUGGAAAAGUAUUUAAAGGAUGGAGACCGUAUAAUGUUUGAGAUCGUUACUAAUGGAGAAACUCCAAUAUGGAAAUUUCGAGUUGUUACUCAUGGAGAAACUCCAAUGAGGAAGUUUCAAGGCAAAGAUGGAUGGUAUAAAUUCAUGGUCGAUAAUUGCCUAAAGAAGAGAGAUCGAAUAAUGUUUGAAGUUGUUACUAAUGGAGAGACACCAAUAUGGAAAUUUCAAGUUGUUACUAUUGGAGGAACUUCAAUGCACAAGUUUCAAGACAUUAAGAAAAAACCCUCAAAUCCUCUGAAUGCACAAGUAUCUACUUCAACUUCUGGUGGUGAUGAUGAUCAUCCUUAUUUUGUUUCAACCAUCAAACCUUAUUGCAUCAGCAAGCCAAUUUUGUAUCUUCCAUUGGGUUUUGCAAAGUCAAAUGGAUUGAUGAAUAGAAAGUGUGAGAUGAUUCUUAAAACUGAAGCACAAAGAUGUUGGUCAGUUUGGCUUGGGAGGGAGUCACAUCAUUUUGGAAUUAUGAAUGGAUGGACAAAAUUCAGAGAAGAAAAUGGACUUCAAGCAAAUUUUCUGGAAAAGUUGCAAAGAGAGUGGAACAUUGAAGCAAUUCGACUUAAAAUUCCUAUAGGUUUCUUGAAGUAUCUGAAGGGAUAUGAUCAGUAUGAACAUGCAAUACUUAGAAGGGUUGGUAAGAAGUGUCUAGUGAAACUAAAUGAACAUCGAUUCGAAGAGGGAUGGGAAAAAUUUGUAGAGGAUCAUGAUGUGCAAUUGGGAGAUAUGUUGGUGUUUAGACAUGAAGGAAAUAUGGAAUUUGAGGUUUCCAUCUUUGAUUCAACUUAUUGUGACCGAGAAUAUGCAGAGUGUACGCAAAUACAAGAACAGGACGAGGAUGAGGAUGAGGACGAGGAUGAGGUACAAGAAGAAGGAGAUACUUCAAUCAAUGACAAACCAAACCCCUGCAUCAUGUCUUCAAACAGGGCAUUUCUCGAUACGGAAGAAGUUUCUACUCAUUUCGUGUUCACUGUUAAACCAUAUUGCCUUACAAAUGGUUACUUUCGCCUUCCUAAAAAAUUUGCACUGGCAAAUGGUUUCGUGAAGACAUGUGAUUUGAUUAUACGAGAUGAAAGACAAAGGUCGUGGAAUUUAAGGCUAACUGCCUAUGGUUCUGAGAUCUAUAUAGUAGGUGGAUGGAAGGAAUUCCGUGAUGCAAAUUGCUUAAAAGUGGGAGAUCGUAGAAUGUUUGAAGUUGUUACUAACGGAGAAAAACCUGUGUGGAAAUUUCAUGAUAAACCUAGCCCCAACAUCAAGUCAUCAAACAAGUCAUUUCUCUAUGGUGAAGCAGUUAGUCCGAAGCCAUUUGGUUAUUCUCGUUUUGUAUGCACUGUUAGACCUUAUUGCCUUUCAAAUGAUUUCUUGCGCAUUCCUAAAAAAUUUGCUCAUGCAAAUGGUCUUAUCAACAAGAAACGUGAUUUGAUUGUUAGAGAUGAAAGGCAAAGGUCGUGGGAUUUAAGGUUAUGUUAUUUUGGAACUUGUGUAUGUAUUAAAGGCGGAUGGCAUGAAUUUCGUGAUUCAAAUUGCUUAAAGGAAGGAGAUCGCAUAAUGUUUGAUGUUGUUACCAACGGAGAGAAACCAAUAUGGCAAUUUAAUUUCAUGGUACGUUUUCUCAUUUAA